GAGAUUACCGAUGACUAUCUCUUCAGUGCUUCCCGGCAAUAUCUGCAUCUACGUCGCAACGGUCAGAUACUAGAAACUAACACUGCUCCAUCGGUGUGCCAAAAUCCGCAUACGAUUUCUGCUGCAUGCGAUCUAUUAGUUGGCCUGUGUCAGAACACUGUAGGUAACAUGAAGAUUUUGGUUAAGACUUUACUGGAUAUGUUUUGCAAUGACAUUGAGCCAUUGCGGGAAUGGGAAUAUUUGCCACCGGUGGGACCUCGGCCACCACAAGGCUUCUGCGGAUUAAAAAAUGCUGGUGCUACUUGCUACAUGAACUCGGUUUUGCAACAACUUUUCAUGGUGCCAUCAUUGCGAAUUGGAAUAUUGUCAGCGCAGGGAGCUGCUGUUGAUCCUAAUGAGGAUUUUAGUGGGGAAAUAGAUUCUCAAACAGUACAAGAAUGUGACGAUUCCGCUAGGAAAAAUUACCAUGUAGGAAUAUUGAAGUACGUUCAAGCUAUUUUUGCCCAUUUGGGUCACAGUGCUCUUCAGUACUUCACUCCUCGUGGUUUAUGGAGCCAUUUCAAGUUGCAAGGUGAACCAGUAAAUUUACGCGAACAGCAGGAUGCGGUAGAGUUUUUCAUGUCUCUUUUUGAAAGUCUAGAUGAAGGCCUUAAAUCAUUGGGCUAUUCUCAGUUGAUGGGUGCUACACUUGGCGGAUGUUUUAGUGAUCAGAAAAUUUGUCAGGAUUGUCCACAUCGUUACAGCAAGGAAGAACCAUUCAGUGUUUUCAGUGUAGAUAUUAGAAACCAUAGUUCGUUAACCGACUCCUUAGAGCAAUAUGUGAAGGGAGAAAUUCUGGAAGGCGCGGAUGCUUACCAUUGUGAUAAAUGUGAUAAAAAGGUGGUAACCGUUAAACGGUUGUGCGUGCGGAAGCUGCCACCUGUUCUAGCUUUUCAACUUAAGCGUUUUGAGUAUGACUACGAGAGAGUAUGUGCGAUUAAAUAUAACGAUUAUUUUGAAUUUCCGCGCUGGUUAGAUAUGGAACCAUAUACAGUCUCUGGUCUCGCAAAAAUUGAAGGAGAAGUGAUAGAUGUUGAAGACAAUAAAUCCGAUGAAUCCACUGAAACGCGCUAUCAACUUACAGGAAUUGUGGUGCAUAGCGGACAAGCAUCUGGUGGACAUUAUUUUAGCUACAUACUUCACAAAGCUCCAGACGGUUCGGAAAAGUGGUACAAAUUUGACGAUGGUGAAGUUACAGAGUGCAAAAUGAAUGAAGAUGAAGAAUUGAAAGCCCAAUGCUUUGGCGGUGACUACAUGGGUGAAGUGUACGAUAACAAUUUGAAGAGAAUGCAGUACAGGCGCCAAAAACGAUGGUGGAAUGCUUACAUGCUGUUUUAUACUAGAUACGAUCACACAGCGAUCACGUACACAAACUGUGUGGAGCAACUCUCACUGGCUGAAAGUAAAUAUUGCAUACUACCGAUGCCUGCAGCCAUCGAGCGAAGCGUUAGGACACAGAACAUACGAUUUUUACAUGCAAAAAGUUUGUUUUCAGUGGAAUUUUUCACGUUCAUCAAAAAGCUAGUUAGUCUACCACAAAUACAAAGAAGUGAUAAAAUGGAAAAACUGCCACCUGCUGCAGAAGAGCUAUCUUUGCUUAGUAUGCAACUUGCAUCACAAUUCUUGUUCCACUCAGGAUAUCGAACAAAGAAAACUAUUCGAGGUGUAGCGAUUGAUUGGUAUGAAACCCUGUGUCAACAUAUUCGGAAUUCAGUGAUUGUCAGGCAGUGGUUUGCUGCAAAUGUCCUAAUGAAUCCACCAACAAGACUAUGCGAAUAUAUCCUAGCUGCACCGUCUCCGGAAAUCCGUUCGGUGUUUGGCAAACUAGUCGUAUUUUUCUGCCACUGCGCCGCCAAUGACGACCCGCUUUCAGGAUUUGAUGGAAGCAAUUUGUGUGAACAGGUGCUCAUUGCCGUGUUAUCGCUGCUAAAAGGAGAUGUUGCUGACUACGGAAAACAUCUUCCACAAUACUUCAAUCUGUUUAGUUUAUACGCAGGUCUCGGGAUACAUGAAAAACAACAAUUGAUUAGGCUAAACGUUCCUGCCAUAUUUAUGAAAGUAUCAUUAGACGAAGGUCCUGGACCGCAAAUAAAGUAUCAGAAUCCAGAUCUGAGUAAAUUACAUCAUGUAGUUUCGCAUUUGAUUCGAUCCUGUGACGUUUCAAGUAGGUGCCAGAGCUCCAACAGUGCCGUUCCAGUGAAACCAAAUAUUUACAUUGAUCCGCAUAUAACUUAUGACAUGUUGAUGCCUAUUUCUCCGGAGUGUAACGAAUACCUCUUCAAUAAAGUAAGUUACGUCAAGCGAUUAAUUGAGGAUACAAAUAUAGGUGAAGAAGGAGUGAAAUUGCUACAGUAUUGUAGUUGGGAAAAUCCUCAUUUUUCUCGAUCAUUACUUACGGAACUACUGUGGCAUUGUGGAUACGCUUACUGGCAUGAUAUGAAACACCAUACUGAACUGCUGUUACAAUUGCUGCUGAUAGAAGACUCUUGGCAGAACCAUAGGAUACACAACGCUAUUCUUGGCAUUUCAGAUGACAGGGAAGGUUUAUUAGACAUCAUCCAGAGGAACAAAAUUAAUUACCAGAAACGCGCUUAUCAAUGCAUAAAGUGCUUGGUAACCCUGUUCAAUCGAAGUCGUGUAGCUUUAAACAUGUUACAUAAUACGGUACAACUAGCCCGUCAAUGGACACAUGCAGUCGAGUGGCUGCAAGACGAGUUGGACAGACACCGAGUAUCUGGUGGACAAUAUAACUACAAUUCGUGGUCACCUCCUGCACAAAGCAACGACAAUACGAAUAGUUUUGUGUUAGAACGAUCACAGUCUGCCAAAAACUUGUUACAAAUGGCAUUUCAACUUUGUCCAGAAGAUCAGGAUCAGGAGGAACCACAUGAACAUGAGAUUGAGAAUAAUAUUGACAAUCAUCCAGCGGCACCAGCAACCACAGCCAUAACUGAAACAACGAAACAUGCUUGUCUACAGAAGCAGCAACAAUUGCUGUUUUCUUCAUGCGAGGAAAACUUAAAUUCUAGUCCGUCUUCUAUUUCUAACGUCAGUAAGCUAAUGUCUAAAGUAAAUAUUCACACAGAUGUUGGAUAUGAAUCAUCGACAACAUCUCCAGAGCUCAAAACGCCGGCUCAAAAUGUGAUUUUCAAUAGGAAGAAGGAAAAAAAGCGAGAAAACGUAAGAGAGUAAGUAGUCAGAAAGGAUUAGGCUAUUUGGAAACAGCCAAUUUAUACUGGACGGAACUGGUAAAUUGGAUAAGAAUUGUAAAAGGUGUGUGCUUGCAUGAUUUACUUAUUUGAGAAUUACCCAAAAGCCACAUGAGAACCUCAUUUCCUUCAAUUACUACUCCACUGCAACACACACCUAAUAAUGAUCACUAACAUUCAUAUAGUUUCAGCAUUAUCGACAUUUAUAAUCAAAAGGUGAGUUGUAAAGUAUAAUUACCAUGCAUAGAUAUAAGUUAAUGUACCAGAACCUGGACGGACACGAGCCUACCCAGGGGAGGACCCGGAUACGACCACCCAUGUGUGUCUAGAGUAUCGCACGAGCUGACGAGUGCAACGGGAAGGACAGUAGGUGUAUAGACUAGGGGGUUAGUCCCUAGAUAAGCCAACUUAGCGGUUGGCACAGCCUAUACACUGAACAAUUACAAUU